CAGUCCGUUGAGCGGUACCUACACCUUCAAGGUCCGUGUCCUUGAAGACGUCCUCGAUUUUUGUCCCGUCGUACACGAAAAGGAUCGCCGCGUCUCCCUUUUGCAUCCGAGUCUGUUCCUGAAACAACAAAACAGCAUUCCACCCCGCGAUUAAGUACUCUUCCAUCCCUCGCUGAUCAGCAGCGUCGGGCAAACAUCGGUUGAGCGGGAGUGAUUGAAGAAGUGAAGAGGUUUUGGGUGCAAGACGAAGAAUAAGAAGAAUACGACGACGACGUCGAGGAGAGGAAGUCACAUUGCCCGUCGAGGAUCAGCAUGAGGUCCUCGCUGGUGCUGCUCCUAGUAGCAGCUUUUGUUCUUGCCGAGGGCUCGAAUCGAGUUAAGCGACAAGAGGAGAAGAAGGAGGAGAGUUUUGAAAACGAGAUCUGCAAGGAUAAGGAUGCCGGCGAAUGGUUCAGAUUGGUCGCCGGCGAGGGUGAUAAUUGCCGCGACGUUAUUCAAUGUACAAGUUCCGGUCUGCAGGCGAUAAGAUGUCCGGCCGGUCUGUACUUCGACAUCGACAAGCAGACGUGCGAUUGGAAGGACUCCGUCAACAACUGCAAACUGAAGAACAAGGAGAGAAAGGCCAAGCCCCUGCUCUACACCGAGGAACCGCUUUGCCAGGAUGGUUAUCUCGCGUGCGGUGACGGAUCUUGCAUCGAGAGAGGUCUCUUCUGUAACGGCGAGAAGGAUUGCACUGACGGCUCCGACGAGAACAUUUGCGACAUGGACAACGAUCCCAAUAGAGCUCCACCGUGCGACCCCGCCGUGUGCGUUCUUCCCGACUGCUUCUGCUCGGAGGACGGUACCACGAUACCCGGUGAUCUCCCGGGCAAGGAUGUGCCGCAAAUGGUCACGAUAACCUUCGACGACGCCAUCAACAAUAACAACAUCGGCCUUUACAAGGAUAUUUUCAACGGUAAGCGCAAGAAUCCGAACGGCUGCGAUAUCAAGGCAACGUUCUUCGUCUCGCACAAGUACACCAACUACUCCGCGGUCCAGGAGAUGCACAGAAAGGGCCAUGAAAUCGCCGUUCAUUCUAUCUCGCAUAACGACGACGAGCGCUUCUGGUCGGACGCGACCGUCGACGAUUGGGCGAAGGAGAUGGCCGGUAUGAGGAUCAUCGCCGAGAAGUUUGCCAAUCUGACGGACAACAGUGUGGUGGGUGUGAGAGCCCCAUAUCUGCGGGUUGGGGGUAACAAUCAAUUCACCAUGAUGGAGGAGCAAGCCUUCCUGUAUGACUCCACCAUCACUGCGGCCUUGAACAAUCCCCCGUUAUGGCCGUACACCAUGUACUUCCGGAUGCCGCACCGCUGCCACGGAAAUCUUCAGCACUGUCCCACUAGGUCGCACGCUGUAUGGGAGAUGGUGAUGAAUGAAUUGGACCGGCGUGAGGAUCCGCAGAAUGACGAGUACCUACCUGGCUGCGCCAUGGUGGAUUCGUGCAGCAACAUCUUGACCGGUGACCAGUUUUACAACUUCCUCAAUCACAAUUUCGAUCGUCACUACGAGCAGAAUCGCGCGCCUCUCGGCCUCUAUUUCCACGCUGCCUGGCUGAAAAACAAUCCGGAGUUCCUGGACGCCUUCCUCUACUGGAUCGAUGAGAUUCUGCAGAGUCACAACGACGUCUACUUCGUGACGAUGACUCAGGUGAUUCAGUGGAUUCAGAAUCCGCGCACCGUCACCGAGUCGAAGAACUUCGAGCCUUGGCGGGAGAAGUGCACGGUGGACGGUCCGCCGGCGUGUUGGGUGCCCCAUACCUGCAAGCUGACCUCCAAGGAGGUGCCCGGCGAGACUCUCAACCUUCAGACUUGCGUGCGCUGUCCCAAUAAUUAUCCCUGGGUGAACGAUCCGACCGGUGACGGUUUCUUCUAAGCUGCCGAGAGCGCGAUCCUCUUUUUCGUCUAAGUCAAAUCCCUUCUCUCUGUUCUCCUCGGUCCUGCGGAUUUUUUUUUCCUGUAUCUCGAUCUAAAGGGCGCGUCGCGUCACAAAUCUUCGCGAUUCAACACGACGAUAUCCGUCGAUUGAGGCGUUCGUAUCCUCGAGGCUUUCGAGAGCAACGGCGACGAGGCACAAAAGAAAAGAAAAGAGACGUCGUCGUCAAUCUGUUAGACUCUGCGGCAACUCCGCUCUAGUUGUCAAUAAUUUUGAUGUUUUUUUUGUUGAGAAUGUAUCUGUGAUGAUUAAGUUCUAUUCGAUUAAGAACUAGAAUACUACACGGAGUCUAAUGGAUUGAAGACGAAUAAAGUAGAGGGAAGCUUUCUAUCUGCUUCGCAUUCAGAUAUCUCUUCGACAUUGACAUUUAGCUUCAUCCAAAUUAUAUAAAAAAAAUUAUUGAAAUAUUCGAGGAACUCGUAAAAAUUGCAAAUUUUUUUUUACACGUGCCUCGUUAUCAGCUGGUAAUUAAAGUAACAUUCAUCAUACGCCAGCAAUCUGUGAUAGACUCCCAAGAGAGGCGGCGUUCUCGAAGUCCUCGAGACGGCAGUGACGGCGACGACGAUGACGACGACGACGACAACGAGAUUCGCGCGCAUUCCAUUCGAAAUCGGCACAAAAGCAAAAUAAAAUGUCGCGCCCCACCCGAUCCCAUGAGGAGAAAUCGCGGAUCUCCUUCGAUGGCGGCGACUGACGAUCCGCGAGUGGGGGAUUCCGUGUGUAAUAUAACUGUGUCCCCUUCUCAUUCUCUCUUUCUGACUCGCAUCUCUGAUUUCCUGACCGAUAUCAAUCUAUCGGCGAAUGUCCGUCUUCCUUCAAUCCCCCUUUCCCUCCCUCGACGAAAUCUAUGAAGACCGCCAGAUUAAUAUUGUUCCCCGAUUCGAAGUGUGCCCUUACUUUUUUAAGGGUUCCGCCGAUCUAUAUAUAAAUAUAUAUAUAUAUAUAUAUAUAUAUAUAUAUAUAUAUAUAUAAAUUUAUAUAUAUAUGGAAAUUAAAUAUUGUAUAUGUAUAUUUGUAAAAGUAAGUGAUACUACCAACAUAGCGUUCUCUCGACGAACCUUUGAAUAAAAAAUUCUGAGAAAUCUCACACACGAUCUGCGAUCUGUUUCGUUCUUUCUCUUUCUCCUGGCGCGCUCAUCGUAUUAUAUUUAUUACCGUUCGGAAUGGAAAGUGAGGUAUGCUUAAAUCUCGCAAACUUGAUCGCCAAAUCAGGGCGAAAUUCGUUUCUAAAAUGCAAGACAAUGACAGAGUGGGGAAUGUUUUUCAUUCAUUCGUUCAUUAUUUGUCUCGGUAUUUCGUCGUUGCCGGUACAAGCUGUGUGCGAUCAAUCCUUUGGAAGGAUUUAAAAAAAAAGCGUAUCAAUUUGAGGAGACUUGAUGACUCGAGAAUUAAUAAUGUGUGUCAUUAAAAUCUCGCAGUGCAAACGGUGAACAAAGAUUGCCGGAGAAAAAUCUCGUUCGCGACUUGCAAUCUCGCCGAGCCAUCUUCUCUCUCUUUCUAUCUCGCAAGAACACGUUCCGAGUAUUUUCUCGCUCGAUUUGCGUCCGGUUAAAUGUCUCGAUAUGCGAUUGUGAUGCGUGUAGCACAUGUACAUACAUCACAAAUACGGUGUUUCAGUUUAUGCACGACGACGAAAACCUCAUUCCGGUUUCGUGGUUGCUCUAAAAAUCUCGCGUGUCUCGGCUGCCAUCCAGCCGCCGUCUGCGGCCUUGAUCUGAAUGCGAUGUCGCGGGUAUCGAUAACGCAAAGAAUUAAGAAUGACCAGAUCCUCCCACGCCUUGAGAAAACUCUCCAAGAAAGUGCUCUGAAUUUCGAGAGCUUCGGCGAUGAUCCGAGUAAUCGUUUAGUGAUCCGAUCAUAUUGUCCUACUGAUCUUUUUAUACAUAUGCCUAUUUUUGACUGUGUCAAUCACGUUUUGAGCGUUACAUAAUUUCUUUGAUUUAUUAUUAUCAUAAGAAUAAUUUGCGAAAUUUUUGAUGACAAUAAAAAUUGCUUAAAAAAAUUUUUGAUAACAAUAAAAAUUGUUUGAAUGUGCUAAA